GCAUACCCUGGGAUUUUUCAAAAUCGGCAUUUGUGCUGCGAUUGCGAAUAAGAAAGAAGAUUCGGAAUAGAACCCUCGCCAGUCGUCCCCCUCAUCUUGGCUUGUGUUGUUGCUGCUCUGCUCACCUCUCGAACUUGAGGAUCACCCUGGUUAUAUUCCUGGCCCUUCCCGUGGGGAAAAGACGUAGUUAUGAAUGUUUCCACCGAGAUCAAGAUGCGUCUUCUUCAACAUUUCACCUCCUUUAAUCAGCUAAAACAUGUCCAUGCUCGCCUCCUUCGGUUCGAUCUCCUCAAUGACAAUUACCUCCUCAAUAUGCUUCUACGGUUCAGCUUCAAUUUUGAUGGCAACACAAGUUAUUCUCAACUCCUUUUCACUCAAACCCAGCAACCCAAUAUUUAUGUCUGGAAUACCUUCAUCCGUGGCCUUGUUUCCCAUGAUCACUUCCAUGAAUCCAUCAGAUGGUUCUAUUCCAUGCGUCAAAUGGGUUUCUUACCCAACCACUUCACUUUCCCUUUCGUCUUGAAAGCAUGCACCAGGGUUUUGGAUUUGAGAUUGGGAGUGGAGCUGCAUACAGUCAUGGUGAAAGUGGGUUACGAUUGGGAUGUCUUUGUUAAGACUGGGUUGGUUUGCUUUUAUGCAAAAUGCGGGCGUUUGGAUGAUGCAUGCAAGGUGUUUGAUGAUAUCCCUGAGAAGAAUGCUGUUUCAUCGACUGCUAUAAUUAGUGGGUAUAUUGAGGCAGGGAAGUUCAUAGAAGCUAUUGAUAUAUUUAAGAGGUUAUUGGUAAUGAAUUUGAGGCCUGAUAGUUUUACACUUGUGAGGAUUUUGUCAGCUUGUUCUCAGUUAGGGGAUUUGAGAACCGCAGAAUGGUUAGAUGGAUGCAUAACCAAUCUUGGCAUAGGAAGGAAUAUCUUCUUGGGCACUGCGUUAGUGGAUACUUAUGCAAAAUGUGGAAGCAUGGAGAGAGCUCUUGUGACGUUUGAUCAGAUGCUUGAAAAGGAUGCAGUUACUUGGGGUGCUAUGAUACAGGGCUAUGCUUCAAAUGGGAAACCAAAAGAAGCUUUGGACAUCUUUUACAGAAUGAAGACUGAAAAACUAAAACCUGAUUGCUAUACCAUAGUUGGCGUUCUUUCUGCUUGUUCAAGCUUGGGAGCUCUUGAAUUGGGGGAGUGGGCACGUGGCUUGGUUGAUAAAAACGAGUUCUUGUAUAACCCUGUCGUGGGUACAGCAUUGAUUGAUAUGUAUGCAAAAUGUGGAAAAAUCGGUCAUGCAUGGAGAGUAUUUAAAGAGAUGAAGGAGAAGGAUCUUAUUGUUUGGAAUGCAGCCAUAACCGGUCUUGGGAUGAGUGGUCAUGCCAAACUUGUGUUUGGUCUUUUUGGACAGCUAGAGAAAUUAGGGAUGCACCCUGAUGGUAAGACCUUUAUGGGUGUGCUCUGUGGGUGUACCCAUGCAGGUCUUGUUGAUGAUGGUCGGCAGUAUUUCAAUAGUAUGAAGCGUGUGUUUUCAUUAACUCCUUCAAUUGAACAUUAUGGGUGCAUGGUAGAUCUCUUUGGCCGAGCUGGGUUAUUAAAUGAAGCUCAUCUUUUGAUCAAAGGUAUGCCAAUGGAGCCUAAUGCAAUUGUUUGGGGAGCUCUGUUGAGUGGAUGUAGAUUACAUCGGGAUACCCAAUUAGCUGAAUAUGUUUUGAAGAGGUUAAUUAAAUUAGAACCUUGGAAUUCAGGAAACUAUGUACUCUUAUCUAAUAUAUUCUCAGCUAAUCAUAAAUGGGAAGAAGCAGUGAAAAUAAGGUCCACAAUGAGUCAUGGAGGCAUUCAAAAGAUACCAGGAUGUUGUUGGAUAGAAGUCAAUGGCUUAGUUCACGAGUUCCUUGUUGGAGACAAAUCUCAUCCUAUGUCAGAAAAAAUUUAUACUAAGCUCAGCGAACUGACCAACAAAUCAAAACAAAUGGGCUAUGUGCCAACAACAGAGUUUGUGCUAUUUGAUGUUGAGGAUGAGGAGAAAGAACAUUUCCUGGGUUGUCACAGCGAGAAGUUAGCUAUUGCAUUUGGUCUAAUCAGCACCAAAUCCAGUGACGUGAUUCGAGUAGUAAAAAAUAUUCGCAUCUGUGGUGACUGCCACAUGGCCAUUAAGCUCUUCUCGAAAAUUACAGGUAGAGAGAUAGUUUUACGUGAUAAUAAUCGUUUCCAUUCCUUUAUAGAUGGUUCAUGUUCGUGUGGUGAUUACUGGUGACACAAGGAUCACUAGAGUCAAAGCUGUGUCAAAAAUAGAGGUAAAUGUAUUUUGACCUUGACAUGUAUCUUUUUCGUAUUACUGUAUACAUGUAUAAGAUAUAGGUAAAAUGCACAAACUCAUAUCUAAUCUCGAUAUAGAUGCACACUCAUGUGCUUGU